AUGAGCCACGCCUUUAUUUGCAUGCUGCAUACAACAAUGGCGAUCACCUUGGCAAAUGCAAAUGGCUUCUCUGUUUCCACAUUCUCUACUGGAGCUAGUGUAACUGACAUUAAACUACCCAACGGAACGCAUGUAGUAUUGGGCUAUAAGGAUUUAGAGGAUUAUUCUGUAAAUAGUCUUUAUAUUGGCUGUACUGUGGGCCGCUGUACUAACAGGACAGCUAAUGCUGCAUUUACUAUUGGAGGGGUCGAAUACCCAAUUUCUGCCAACGUAGCCCCCAAUCAUCUCCAUGGAGGGUUUGUGGGCUUUAACAAAUUGACAUGGAGGGUGACAGCUCAAAGUGAAACAUCUGUCACAUAUUCUCUCUUAAGCCCUGAUAGUGAUCAAGGCUAUCCUGGAAACCUCUCUGUUACUGCUACCUAUACUGUCACUCCUAAUAAUGAGCUGAUCAUAGAGUAUCGUGCAAGCACUGAUAAACCCACUCCUGUCAAUUUGACUAACCAUACUUACUUUAAUCUUGCAGGACAGGGUGAUAUAUUAGGACACACCCUCACAUUGAAUGCUGAUAAUUAUACUCCUACUGAUGAUAACUUAGUACCAACUGGUGAUCUUGCUUCUGUGAGGGGAACUCCGUUAGAUUUCCUUUCUUCUCAUACAAUUGGAGAGAGAUAUCAACAAGCCUCAGACGUUGGCUACGAUAACAACUUUUGCAUCAAUGCUACGCCAACCUUAGAGUCAGAUCCCAACCUCAAAUAUACUGCAAAGUUAGAAGAACCAACUACUGGCAAUUGUCUUGAAGUGUAUACCAAUCAGCCUUGUGUCCAGUUGUACCAGGGAGGAUAUCUUGAUGGCUCUGUGAAUGGAUUGGAUGGCAGUCCGAUACUUAAGUAUACCGGAUUGUGCCUUGAGACUCAGAAGCACCCAAAUGCUAUUAACCAGCCAAGGUUUCCAUCCACGCUUCUCUGUCCAGGCCAAGAAUAUUACAGUAAAACAGUUUGGAGGUUUACUUGUACCAGAUGAGAUCUGUGCUGCAUCUUUUUUUUGCUCUUGACAAACCAAAAAUUUGUAUUUUUUUGCUGUUAUUAUUUGAUGCUUAAUUAAGAACAUAAAAAUGUGUUCAAUGGCUAGUUUUUUUUGAAUUGUCUAAUUUUCUAAAUAAA